CAACCAUUCAGUUGUGUCCGACCCUUGGCCAAUCUAUGAAUCAUUGCUCUCCAUGCCCCUCUGUCUCGCACUGCUUCCUUCAAGACCACCAUGUCCAUCUCAGUGUCUUUCUUCAUGGUGUCCAGCAACGGGUGCUGGGGUAGACGCUUCUUUUUGCACUGAUCACUCCCAGCAUGAUGACUUUUCAAGUGAGCCAGUUCACAUGUGGACAAGAACUCCUCUUAUCAAGAAGCAUCGUAUGUGACACUUGGGAGUGAGAAAGACAGUUGCAGUUAGCAUGUUUUCUGAAGGUCUGCAGAUUGGGAAUCAGAGGAGGAGGGGGAAGAGCUGGAGGGGCCUCAGAAUGCAGGUUGAUUCCAGACGCUGAGAUGAGAGAAGUGGAAAUGCUUAUUUCAAUGCCAGAAUCAGCAGGUGUGUAGAAUAACCUCUGAGAAUAACUAAGAUGCAUAGCUAGCGAGAUGGGGCUUGAAACAGGGAAACUCCUCAAAGACAGACAAGGUGGGUAUGGCUCUUGAGUGACCCCAUGAAGUGACUUCAGCAAAGGAGGGCAGCCCAAUUAGAGGAUCAGUGUACAGAGAAGAGAUGUGGUCCUUUCCCAAAAAAAAAACCCUCCUGAAAGGAUGGGACCUUAUGAAUACUCAUAAGGAGAAUUUCUAGAAGUAAAUACUAGAUUGGGUUCAAAAAACUGCUCUGCGCAUACUCAGAGAUCCUUUCUGGGAGUUUGUGCUUCUGGAAUAUGCUUUGGUUGAUAAUCAACAUUUUGGAAGAAAGGUCCAUGGCUUUGAAUGUGUGAAAGAAGGAACCCUGUCUCAUGACAGUAACGAAGAUAAGUGGAGAUCCUGUAUACCUUUAUUUAGGAAGCAGAUGUGGAGGCAGAUGCCCCGCUAAAAAAUGUGGGAUUCCAGCCCUCCUGGGACUGCUGAUGGUCUGUGUAAGGGAAUGCCCUUACUCAAUCACUUCCUUCAGUCCUGUGCUAACACUAUCUGUUCCAGUUAUAGAUGACAAGAUGCAUUGUCGCUUCUUGUAUAUGCAUGACUAAACUGUUACUCCUGACAUGUAUACACAAAUCAGGUCUCAACUAAUCUAAACAUGAUUGUAGGCUUCUUCCCAUAAACAACAUCACAGCUGAUUGGGUAGUGGUCACAUGUGCAGCACUGUGAUAUGCCAGUAUGAAGCAUGCCAGUUUUUGUCAUAAAUAUCUGCUUUCACCUGCCAUCUGUUUCAGGAUUCAUUUCAAAGUCUGCACAAAUCUUUCCAUCAGUCUUCUGGUGGCUGGAUCGUAUGGUGCAGAGGUGAUACAUCAAAUGUCAUUCAGUAUUCCUAAAAUCCAUCCCCCGAUGCCAAAGAAUUAGCAGAAUGCUCUCCAAUGAAUCCUUGCAUGCUCCAGUGUACAGCCGUUCCAAUUCCCAGGCUUCUGUUGACAGUGCUUCCAUGGAAGAUUUCUGGUGUGAAGUGGAAAAUAUCAAAGAGAGCACUGAAGAUAGGCAAGAAGAACAAACCCUCGUAGAAAUCAAGCUUCCAGAUGAAGGAGAACUAGAAGCUGAAUGGCUGCAAGAUGUAGGUCUGUCUACAUUAAUAUCAGGAUCUGAAGAGGAGGAUGGAGAGGCAUUACUAUCCACCCUGACCCGAACUCAAGCAGCUGCUGUGCAGAAGAGAUAUAACACUUACACGCAAACCCUGAGGAAGAAAAAUAAGCACACAGUCAGGGAUGUGCGUGAGAUCUUUGGCAUCAAUGACACUUCAACUACGUUCGAGGCCAUACCAGUAUCACCUGUUACAACCAAUGGUAUCCAACUUCCUGUGCAAAAACCAGGUUGGAAAAUGGUCAGCUCUAGCAACUAUCUAGAAUGUGAAUUCGAUAAAGACAGUCAGCUGAUGAAAGAAGAGCUAUCCUUUGAAGCUCCGUUCUCAGAAUCAAUCACGGAGAUUCCAAAGCACAGGGAAUGGCAUAAAAAUCCAAGAUUAAAAAAGGAAGAAUCUCUUUUGCCUAACUUCACAAUUAGAAAAAGCCGUUUUGGACUGACUGAAGUUGGAGAUUUGUCUCUUGAUGACAUGAAGAAAAUUCGCUAUCUCGCUCUGAUUGAGCUAACAGCCUUCUACGAUGCUUUAGGAAUAGAGCUGAAGAGGAACCGGACAGAAAGGGUCAAAGGACGAGAAAAUGGUCUUUUUGGCGUUCCAUUAGCAGUGCUGCUAGAAAAUGAUCAGAAGAAGAGUCCUGGAAUAAAAGUCCCUCUCAUCUUUCAGAAACUGUUACUCAAACUUGAGGAAACAGGUUUGGAAACAGAAGGAAUUCUUCGAGUGCCUGGAUCUGCCUCAAGAGUUAAGAGUCUUCGCCAAGAAAUUGAAGCAAAAUUUGAUGAUGAUUCCUUUGACUGGGAUCAGGUACGCAACAAUGAUGCAGCAGGACUGCUAAAGAUGUUUUUACGAGAACUUCCCAGUCCCCUUUUCACUGUGGAAUAUCUGCCUGCUUUCAUCACAUUAGUAGAAAAAAUUUCGAAAGUCAAAUUGCAGCUGCAGGCUUUGCAUCUGCUGAUCAUGUUGCUUCCUGAUGCCAGCAGAGCCACAGCCAAGGCCCUUCUACAGUUCUUGAGGAAGGUGGUUGCUAAUGAAAGGAAAAACAAAAUGACUUUAUGGAAUGUUUCCAUGAUUGUUGCCCCAAACCUCUUCAUCUACAAAGGCAAACGUGCAAACCAAGAAGAGAUGCUAGCAGCAGCCAGUACAGCACAUGUUGUGAGACUUUUGAUCAAAUACCAGGAUAUCCUGUGGAUGGUCCCAACAUUUAUGAUUUCUCAGGUGAGAAAGAUGAAUGAGGCCUCAAUGAACAAUACAAAAAGGCAGCUAAUGUUUGACAAGGGUGUGCGAAGACUAUUGAGAAGAAAAACUAUGGAGCGGGAGAGGCCAGAAAGAACUGAGUCUGACAUACCCGAAGGGGUGAUAAGAGUUCAUGCACCACUGCAUUCAAAGGUUUCUAUGGCAAUUCAGCUGAAUAAUCAAACAAAAGCCAAAGAUAUUCUGGCACGAUUUUACUGUGAAAACAGCCAUGGAUCAUCAGACAAGACAAAAAUGCAGAUCCAAAGUUUACAUGAAAUCGGAGGGAAUAUAGGGCAGCACUGUUUGGAUCCAGAUGCUUACAUGCUAGAUGUUUACAAUGCAAAUCCUCAAGCAGAAUGGGUUAUCAAACCAAAAAUAAGUUGAAACUUAAGACGUCUUGGCAGAGCACUUUGGAAUAAUGCCAAAAUGAUGGUCAACAAGCCUCUGACAUGAGACACAUUGCCAAUGAUGAAACCAAAGUAGUUGUUAGCCUACACAUAUCUUCAACAUAACUUGCAGUCUCUAUCCUCCAAAUGUAUUAUAGACCAUGAGAACUGUUUUCUUCAGUUAAUGGGUUGUUAUAAUUUAUUAUGCAAUGAGCUCAUUUUAACACUGGUUUUUAUAGGGGCCAGUUUUCAAUGAAUAUGAAGGAAUUCAGACAAACUUGGUUAGUGGAAUACAACUUGGAUUUUUUCCUUCCAGCUUGUCACUUUUAUAGGAAGAAGUACAAUGUUAUCCCACGAGACAAAGAAUGACCACUAAUAGCAAGAUACUCAAAGGAAAAAGGAGGAUAGCAUGUAAUACAAAGGGCAGUGCCAAAAUUCAAUGGCAACUUGAUCCUGGUCAACUGACAUUUUAUAGUCAAGUGUUAAUUAUAGUGCCUGGAUUGCCACUGUGUAAACUAUUUCUACUUUUACUAUACUGCACAUGUAUGUAAAUAUAUAGGUAAACAAUUGCAUAUCAACAUGUUAAUGUCAUUUCUCUGGCUUUGCCAAUGAAUGAAUUAAUGUAUAACAGUUCACACAAGUUAAUUUGUAACACAUGCAUUUUGUAUGGUAUGCCACUGAUUCAUCUAGAUAUGAACCACUUUGAUGGAGCUGAUUGACUGGAAGAAGUUUAGUCCCUUCAUAAAAUUGUUAAAUCCUUUUAACUUAACAGCCAUAAUGCAAAGCAUUCACGGACUAGGGUAACUGUUUGACAGAUGCUCAAUAUUUCAUUUUAUUUUAUUUUCACUUUUUUUCUUUGCAUUUUAAUUUGAAACAAGCAUUAUUGAAAAUAAUGGCCUCACUUUGAAGUAAGUAUAAGUAUGGGGAAGUGAUCUUAUUUGCUUCAUCACAGCAUAAAGAAAGGCAUUAAAGUUUUAGAGCAUAAUCCAGUCAUUGCUCAGUGUUUUUAAACCCACUGAUUCGAACUGGAAAAUUAAGCAUCUCCUGAAAUUUCUCAUGUAAAAUCUGUUUGACCAUAAGGAUGCUUAAUAUUGAGUGGAUGCUGCCCUACAUUAUGGUAAAUUAAAGGCAGCCUUGAGUGAAUGACAAGUUAAGGCAGAGUGUUAGAUGCCCAAUGGAAGGCAUUAACUGACCGUUGCAGUAGGAAGUUAGUUCUGCUGCAUGAACUUAUAUUUCUAGGGGUUUUUUUAUAUUUUUGUAUCUGUUGUAACUGAAGGAGUGUUUUUGUUUUGUAAACUUUGUACCCUGCAAAGCAGAAGCUCAUUUCUAGAUGCUUUAAAAUUUGAGGUACUUACCGUAUGGAAUUCAGUUUGGCUGACUUUGCUGUUCAAAAGGUGGACCUCAAGUAAUGUGAUGAAGAAGGGGAAACCCUUAGGUCAAAUGAACUCUACAGGACUACAUAAACCUCUGUUUGUCAAGACUGGAUAUGUAAGUUGAGGGGAAUGUAAUGAUUUUACUUGUAAUUUGUACCCAUGUUAAUAUGUGAACAAUUUUAAAUAUUAGAGAUAGCAAGGAGAGAUCACACAAAUUUUACCCUCUGUGCUUCUGCAACACAGAAUAAAUUUCUUAAUAGAUCCA